GUUUUUUUUUUUCUUCCCCCUCUCUAAAACCACCAAACCCCCUCCGAUCAAAUCAAACCACCUCUCUUUUCUCGCUCUCUCUGCUACAAUCAUACAAAAUUGCGUGUUUUCUUUUGUAAUAUCAAAACCAUCUGUGAAUAUCUUUAAAUAUUUGUAAAUUACUUGUAUUGUAUACGUUUGUACUCUGGUAUAAUCUGCAGAGAGAGCGAGAGUGUUUGCGUGUAAUAUAUGGACAGGCACAGUGGGAGCCAGGCAAUGGAGUCGGUGCCGGUGGAUCUGGUGGCAGAAUGGGCAGCGCCUGGUGGAGAAACUGGGCUUGAAGAGCCUAUGUGGCAAUUAAGUCUCGUAGGCGGGCCUGAAUCGUACCCCGAGAGGCCCAGUGAGCCCAAUUGUAUCUAUUACCUGAGGACUGGGUUUUGUGGGUACGGAAAUCGGUGCCGUUUCAAUCAUCCACGAGACCGAAGCAUGGCAAUGGGAGCCUUUCAAGCUGGUGGGGGAGAGUAUCCAGAACGUGUAGGCCAACCUGUCUGUCAGCUCUCUGAAACUAUAGAUCUUAAGUUUCAUCUGUUCUCUGUCAUGUCUAAGGAUAUUCAAUUGAAUUACAAGGUCAAAGUCUUGAUAUUAGCUACAGUCGAUCUACGAGCUAGUGGUUAUAUUUGGAUUGGAGAUUUCUCAUGUAUGCCUUUCUCGGUUAUACUACAAGGGAUGAAGUACUACAUGCGGACGGGAACAUGCAAAUUUGGCGUUUCCUGCAAGUACAACCAUCCCAAGCAUGGAAUCGAGUUUUCAGGCCAAGUGACUCUUAAUGUUUAUGGAUAUCCCUUGCGGCCUGAAGAAAAAGAAUGCUCAUAUUAUGUAAAGACAGGGAACUGCAAGUUUGGUCUCACCUGUAAAUUUCAUCAUCCUCAACCUGCAGGAAUAUCAGUGCCAGUGCCUGCUCCUGUUCUUCCACCAUCAGUUUAUCCAAGUGGGCCCUCUCCUUCUGUUCAAUCUUCACAACAAUAUGGGGUUAUUCAAGGAAAUUGGCCAGUUGCAAGGCCUGUCAUAAUUCCUGGUUCAUAUGGUCCUGGAAGUUAUGGUCCAUUGCCACUCCCCCCAGGAGUUGUUCCUGUUCCAGGCUGGAAUUCUUUUACGGCACCUGUUAGUCCUGUGGACUCCCAAAGCACUCAACCAGCAGUUGUCGGCAGCCUUAUUUAUGGGAUAACACAGUUGUCUCCUUCAGCGGCUGCAUAUACUGUACCAUACGUUUCAAUUACUUCUUCUGGUGGCCACUCAAGUAAUAGUGAAAAGGAACAUGCAUAUCCAGAAAGACCUGAUCAGCCAGAAUGCCAAUAUUUUCUGAGAACUGGAGAGUGUAAAUUUGGGGCUACUUGUAAAUAUCAUCAUCCAUCAGAGUGGAGUGUGCAGAAGACCACUUUUGUGCUUAGUCCAAUGGGUCUCCCCCUACGCCCAGGCGCACCACUUUGCUCUCACUACGCGCAAAGCAGAGUAUGUAAAUUCGGGCCCACAUGUAGAUUCGACCACCCGAUGAGAACUCUGAGUUACAGUCCAUCAGCUUCCUCUCUGACUGAUAUUCCAGUCGCCCCUUAUCCCGUGGGGUCCACCCACCCUACCUUGGCUCCAUCAUCUUCAUCGUCCAAUUUGAGGUUCUUCAACAGAGACGCCUUCACGUCAUCUCAAAUGUCUUCCAUGAACAGCCCAAACGAGUUUGUUGGCCCAAUACUCUCGAGCAGCGGUGGGCCCAUCCCAAAACCGGGCCUUCAGGUCUAAAGAUUCAUCGAGCGAGAGCAGUGGCAUGAAAAUAUGAAUUAAUCGAGUAGUUGCUGCAAAUCCGUAAAUAUCACAGCCAUAUUCCUCAAAAGAUCCUUUUGCAAAAACCUCAUUUGGCCUCAUCAGCUUCUUUUUUUAAUAACAGGAAACCAGAAAACCGACUUUUUGUUUAGCAAAAAAAAUUUGCAAUGCUGCUCAAAAUUUUUGAAGCUUGUUUCUCGAUUGUUGUUGUAUUUGUGGUAUUUUUUUCCGGAACGGGAAAGAUGCAUCACAACAUGCUCAAUGUGGAAUGUAAGUUAUGUAACUGGGUCCUUUUAUGUCAAAAGAGCAACCCUGACUUGACUAGGGAAUGAAUGUGCAGUUCCUUUCUUUCACCCCCUUUUUUUUGUUAUGGGGCAUUGUUUUUGUGGAGGCAAUGNAAAAGAAAAAAAAAAAAAACA